AUGGCGUCGACUACCAUUUCAGAUCCUCCCAACACGUUAUCUACAGUGAUUGACCAAUUCUUCUCGGAAACGAAGAUUGAAGCAUGUGACCGUGCUCUUUGGUCCGACCGAAACGGGUAUGAUUGUAUCUGCAAACUAGCGACUGAGGAGGACAGCCAUUCGUUAAAAGUGGCUCUCCAAGGAAAAUCUUAUGCAAUCAGCUCUUUGGCAGCGGUAAUCGCGUAUUAUGAAAAGCAGGGAACAUCGUUUGCUCCUAAUACACUUCGCAUGAGAUACGAGCUACCAGACGACACCAUGAUGGUGGAUGUUUCCGCUAUACAGGCAUUAGAAGUUAUGCAGAAUCUGAAUACACCAAAUUCGAAAGCUUGUCUACUUGGGCUUCUGAAUCAUACUAUUACUCCUAUGGGUGGACGUACGCUUAGAACGAGCAUUUUACAACCUUCAACCCAGCCACAGAGAGUGAUCUAUCCUCGAUACGAUGUGAUCAAAGAAUUCAUCGAUAAUGGAGAAAUGUUUCGCGAUGCUCGACAAGCUCUAAAGUCAUUCUUUGACGUGGAACGACUUCUUACUAAAUUUAUUGUAAUAUCAACAGUUGACGAUGUUGUCAAGUGCGAAGAGCAGAUUGAACGAAUAUUAAUGAUCAAAGGAUUCUUGGAGGCUAUCCUUGAGUUCCAUACAGCGCUGAGCCCUGCCUCGUGCGCUCUGCUUGUCAAGGCCAGAGACAUUUGUUCACCCGAGAUUAGCAGUCCCAUCAUCCGGAAAAUUCGGACUGUUAUAGAAGCAGACGUAACAUAUGUGAAAUCUGCACUGGACUUGCGAAACCAAAGGUGUUUUGCCGUCAAGGCUGGCAUUAGCGGAUACCUGGACCUGUUGCGUCAGGCGUACAAAGAAUUAACUGGCGAUGUGCAUCAGUUGGUAGACGAUUUAAAAGAAAAACAUGAGAUCACAGUGCAGCUCAAAUACGACAACAGCCGCAAGUAUUGGCUGAAGCUAAACGUCGGCGAAUACAGUCGAAUUACUUCGCCUUCUAUCUUUAUCAAUACUAUUAAAAAGCCGAAACAUAUCGAAUGCCAAACAUUGGAGCUCGUCAAAUUGAACAUGCGAAUUAGCGAAACCUCGGAGAGCAUCGUUGAGCAGAGCAACGAUGUAAUUCAAGAACUAGCUUGCGAGCUUCGACAAUUUAUUCCACAAUUGUUUCGAAUGUGUGAAUCGAUUGGCCUUAUAGAUAUGUUAGCUUCGUUCGCUCACGUGGCACAUGACCGACACUACGUCCGUCCCGAGUUUACGAGCACACUUGCUCUGCGAGCAGCAAAGCAUCCCAUUAUGGACCGGACUACUACUGGCGAUUUUGUGCCAAAUGAUUACUACGCCACCGAUAAUCAUCGAUUCAACAUUGUUACCGGGUGUAACAUGAGUGGGAAAACAACAUACAUCCGUGCCAUCACCCUUCUUCAGAUCAUGGCACAAAUCGGAAGCUACGUUCCUGCGACGUAUGCUUCGUUUACAAUAAUUCGCUGUAUUUUUGCUCGUAUUACCACUAAUGACAAAAUCGAGGCCAAUCUCUCUAGCUUUUCAUUAGAAAUGAGAGAGAUGGCCUUUAUUUUGCGAAACAUUGACGACUCAAGCUUGGUAAUUAUCGAUGAACUUGGUCGCGGGACAGCAACACAAGAUGGACUCGCCAUUGCAAUGGCGGUGUCUGAGGCUCUUAUUCAGAGUAAAGCCUUUGUGUGGUUUGCAACGCAUUUUGCAGAUAUUGCAAAGUCCUUGCACAAUUUUCCCGGUGUGCUGACACUUCAUUUACAAUCGCGAAUCUUGUCACCAAACAAUGGCAUGCCAGAGCUUACGAUGAUGUAUAAGGUGGAAUCUGGUAUUGUCGACGAUUCUCAGCAGUAUGGGUUACACUUGGCACGAGCGAUGGGGCUUCCAAAGAAAUUUGUAGAUGAUGCUGAGGAAGCAUCGAACUAUUUGAGACAGAUGCGACUAGAGGGCGAAGUGAACUCGGAAGAGCGAAAGACGGUCCAAAAACGACAAGCUAUUUUGAAACUAUAUGAUUCAUUGAAGCAAGCGAAUGAAUAUGGCAACCCUGACGUGUUGUAUGGCUACCUCAAAAAGUUACAAGAAGAUUUCGUGGUGAGAAUGGUGGCUAUUGACAAAGGAACUCUCGCAUCAGAAUGA